AUGGCGACACACUUCACAAUUCUCCGCAUACUUUUGUUUGCAGUUGCCUUCGGUCGCUCCUUUUCCCUUGAUACCCGGAAGGAGUUGAGAACUAACGAGACGAACCAAGAUGGGAAUAUUCGACUUGGCUAUCAAAUGCGGCGUAAAAAUCUUGAUCCUUCACGAGUUGUUCGACUCUCGUGGCAACCAAGGGUAUUCUUGUAUAGAGACUUUCUAUCUGAGGAGGAGUGUGAUCACCUGGUUUCUUGGGUUGAUGGAAAGAGAAACCAAUUUGCGUCUCGUGGUGAUUCUCAAAAUUUUGGUAUUUCCAUGGACAUUGAUGAUGAACUUACUAAAGUAAUCGAGGAAAGAAUUUCUGCUUGGACUUUUCUCCCCAAAGAGAACAGCAAACCGUUGUCUGUUUUAAAUUUCAGCCACGAGGACUCCCAACAGAAAUAUAGUUAUUUUGGCAACAAAGACGGAGAGCAUGUCGACCAACCUUUAUUAGCAACCGUUGUUUUGUAUCUCUCAAAUGUCAGUCAGGGUGGGCAGAUUCUUUUCCCCGAGUCAGAGGAAAGAAUGUGGUCCGACUGCACACAGAAGAACGAUAUCCUAAAGCCUAGUAAAGGGAAUGCGAUUGUGUUUUUCACCCUACACCUUAAUGCGGGCCCUGAUCGGACAAGUUCCCAUGCUAGAUGCCCUGUUCUUCAGGGUGAUAUGUGGUGUGCCACUAAAUUCUUUUAUAUGAAACAAAUAAGUGCUGGAAAGGAUUUGGCACGAUCGGACGAUACAGAUUGCACGGAUGAAGACGACAACUGCCCACAGUGGGCUGCCAUUGGUGAGUGCCAGAGGAACUCAGUCUUCAUGAUCGGUUCGCCUGAUUAUUACGGGACGUGUAGGAAGAGUUGCGACGCGUGCUAA